AUGCUUUCUGAAUCGAAAUUUCAGUCCGUCUUAUAUCUUGUGGAAGAUUUGAUACUCAAGAAUAUGCUAGAAGCAAUGCUGGAUCCUCAAGAGUUGGCCAACUAUCUUCAUCACCACGAGCAAAGGAUUUAUCAUUUUCCAAUAGCAAAUUCUCAGAAGAAAUUAACUUUGGCAUCUUCGAUCUGGCUAAAUUCUCCUAGAAAAGUGUUCUUCCCUGUGAUAUAUGCAUGUGAUGUGAUUUGCAAGUACCUUGCUCACCGGGCUGUGCUUGCCGCCCACUCGCCGGUCUUCAAGGCGCAACUCCUGGGCUCCAUGGCGGAAGCGGACAUGUCAUCCAUCAUCUUGCAUGACAUUGCGCCGGCAACGUUCAAAGUCAUGCUUCGGUUCAUGUACACUGAUGCUUGUCCUGCCGAUGACGAGAUCGGGGACUCCCUGGGCCCCGGAGGAUGGCAUGUUUUGGCACUUCUAGCUGCAGCAGACCGAUUCGCAUUGGAUUGCCUCGAGAUUUUGUGUGCUGUAAAGCUGUGGGAUAAUAUAUCAGUGCACACAGUUGCUGCCACUUGGAUCUGUGCUGAAACAUAG